AUGAAUAGAUUUGGAAGAGUAGCAGUGUGCGGUUCUAUUAGUGCGUAUAAUGAGGAUCCUACAAAAUUACCCAAAGCAACGAUUAUGCAGCCUUCCAUAAUAUUUAAUGAAAUAAAACUUGAAGGAUUCACUGUGCUACGGUGGUCAAACCCUGACAGGUGGCCUCAAGCAUUCGCCGAUUUAGCUGAAUGGAUUCGAAGUGGUAAGGGCAAACGGGCAAAAAGUCAUAUCACAAAAGGCUUUGAUAAACUUUUUGAUGCUUUUAUCGGCGUCUUGAAAGGAGAAAAUAGCGGUAAAGCUGUUGUGAAAGUGUAA